AUGGGACCCACACAGUCGACGUCCAAAUUGUCGAAAGCGUCAUGCGAAUCCUAUGCAGAAGAUAACACCGCAUCUACAUAUUCGGUCGAUUGGAGAAGAACGUCACGAACACGCAGCCCGGAACCCACGAAUAUUUCUGGCCUUCAGCGUUGGAACAGUGUCAAUCACCAUAAUCAGAAUAACAUUGGAAAGUAUCGAGGACAGACGCGGAAUGUAUCGGAGGGAAAUCAGAAGUACGAGGCGAGUGUAGUGGAGACUCAAGAAGAAGAGACAUUGCAAAACAAUCAAACAACUACGGAAGUCGAAACGAAAUAUUUCAAGCGGCCUCCACGGUCUUCUGUUUUAUUCACGGCUAAACCGGAACCUUCAAAGAUGAGGGCAAGAAGUUGUGAAGCGACAAUGAAGCAUCCUACACCGGAUUACACAGAUAGGGUUGGCGGGAAGCUUUAUUCUUCGACCCUAAAAACCUUGGCAAAUGAGCAGCGGAAUGGACGCCUAUUGGGUGGAAUUAUUAAAAAAUGCAUCGGAUGGGAUAAGAAGACAGUUUAUCGGGUAAAUUGUGAAAAAGAGCAUGACACGCAUGGGAAUUAUCGUUACAAGCGUGAGGCUGACUUUUUCGGAAUGGGAAAACUGAAGGCGUUGGUGAAGAAAAAGAUUGAAGACGAACGGGAGAAGAUUCGAGCUAAAGAAAGAAGAAAUGAACAAAGAGAUGCUGCUAUUGCACUUUUGCUGGAAGAGAUUGUUCGUCUUCGCCAAGAAAUUGAAGCGUCUCGUGCCUCCCCAGACGAAGAAUGGCAGGAUAAUAUUAUAUUG